AUGGCUGUUGCAAGGCCUCUUCGGUUACUUCUGGCGGGCGGUAUACUGCUCUGCCUAUUCUUUAUUUUUCAGCUCUCCAGAUCGACCAACCCCAUCAUCAAACUCGUGGAUCCUUACGAUAAUGGGCUGAUGCAUGAUCCACUGGCUGAUCCUACCGGAGAGCCAGAGGGCCACCUAUGGAGAGCGGAAGGCGAUUCGUACGCUCCUAAUAACCCUAACUCCUCCCGUCUUAAUGCGACCCUCCUCUCACUUGUCCGUAACGAGGAGCUGGACCAAUUGAUCAUGACAAUGAAAGAGCUGGAGAGCACAUGGAAUAGCAAAUUUAACUAUCCUUGGACUUUUUUCAAUGACCAACCGUUUUCAGACGAAUUCAAAAAGCGGACCCAGGCGGAAACGAAGGCAAAAUGCAACUAUGAGAUUGUUCCAAAAGAGCAUUGGGACGUUCCCAAUUGGAUAGAUAUGGACCUAUACAAGGAAUCCGUGGAUAUGCUGAAGGAAAAGGGAGUUCAAUACAGCGGCAAGCUUUCGUACAACCAAAUGUGUCGGUGGAAUAGUGGCAUGUUCUACAAACACCCGGCUUUGGCCAACAUGCAGUACUAUUGGCGCGUCGAACCUAAUGUACACUUCUUCUGCGAUGUCGAUUACGAUGUCUUCCGAUAUAUGCAGGACAACAACAAAACGUACGGUUUCACAAUAAAUCUUUACGAUGCUCCGGAAAGCAUUGAGAAUUUAUGGCCGGAAACUGUUAAGUUCCUCGCGUCGCAUUCCGAAUACGUUCAUCCGAACAACGCAAUGGACUGGCUGGUGGACAACAAGCAGAGACCUACACAUAAUCAGAAGGCAAAUGGGUAUUCUACUUGCCAUUUUUGGUCUAAUUUUGAGAUUGGAGAUUUGUCGUUCUUCAGAGGCAAAGCAUAUGAAGAUUAUUUCAAUCAUCUGGAUCGUGCCGGCGGGUUUUUCUACGAACGAUGGGGUGAUGCGCCCGUACACUCCGUGGGCUUGGGUUUGUUCGAAGAUAAAAAUAAAAUCCACUGGUUCCGCGACAUUGGCUACAAUCAUAUUCCAUACUUUAACUGUCCAAAUUCUCCGAAAUGCAAGGGCUGCACUCCUGCAAAAUUCUAUUCCGGGGAGCCGUUCUUACAACUUGAGGAUUGUCGGGCAAAUUGGUUCAAGUAUGUUGGGACCGGGUGA